AUGAAGAAGAGUUUUCUAAUAGUAGUGUCUUUAUUCCUUUUUGUUAACGGAAUUUAACAAAAUAAUGGAAUACUUGAUCUUUAAAAUUUAAAAGCGCAUCAACUAUUCACAAAAGUAUAAAAAAAUGUUACAUAAUAAGAAUGUGUAAUUUGAUUAAGAUUUUGAUGAAAUUCCAAAAGUGAUCGUAUCCAUAAAAUAAAUAAUCGGAGAGCAAUAUGAACUUUACACUAGAACUAGCAAUAUCAAUUUGAAAGGUAUAUAUACAUUGUUUUACUUAGAUAAGGAUUUGAUUUAUAGAUAAUCAGCUCAUCCAAUAUUGAUAAUAUCAGAAUAAAUUAUUUAGCAAUAAAUGAUGACUAAUUAAAUGUUGUUUGUGAAAAUUACUAAACCAAAAAAGAUGAAAUAAAAGUUCCUGUAAACUUGGAACACUAACAAGUUGUAGCAUUUAUUACGGGCUUGAAAUUAUAAAAAAAUGAAAACAUUUACUUCAAAUUAAGUUCUUUAACUAACUAAUAAGUUGUUUUUCAGACUAAGCAAAAAGCUGUGGGUCUUUGUUUAGUUUUUGGUGAUGAAGAUAAAAUUGCAAAAGCUUAAUCAAUUAUAACAACUAAAUAAAAAGGAAAUAUGUUAGAGUUCGAUGUUGAGAAUAUUGAAGAAGCUAUAAAAUUGUAAUUUUAGUUUGAUUAUUAUUAGACCUUUAGAUAAUUAAAUUUUAUCUUUUGAUGAUAUUGUUAGCAAAUUAUCAAUUGAGAAUAACGAAGUAGAAUAACAAGCUUCAAUCUAAAAUGAAGAAGAAAAAUAUCUUGAUAUUGAUAGUAUCUAAAUAGAAACUUUAGGAAUUAAUAAUAUUUAAUAGAAUAUUGAAGAUGAAGUUAUUUAAUCUGUUGAGAUACAAUUUUUGAAUCCUUAAACAUCUGUAGAAGCUGAAUAAUUGUUGAAUAUAGAACAAAAUAACACCGAAAAGGUUUAAUAAAUUAAGGAUGAAUCAUUAGAUGAAUAAAUGAAAAUAGAAUAACUAGAAGAGAAAUAGUUUUUAGCUUAAAUAAAUUAAGUAAGUGUUGAAAAUAUACAAAAUGUUUAAAAUUAAAUUUAAUAAGAAAUUAUUAUAUAAGAAGCAUAUAAUAUAGUUCCAUAAGCUGUUGAUGAGCUAGAUAUGGAUGCUUUAUAUAAAGAAUAUACUUUAAACUAAGAAUUUAAUUCUGAUUAAUUUAAUUAUAAUAACAAUAAAAUUGAUGAAUAAUAAUAACAAUAAUAAUAACAAUAAUAAUAAUAAUAACAAUAAUAAUAAGAAAGUUUGGAAGUAAUUGAAUCAGUUGAUAUUAUAUAAGAUUAAUUAGUAAAUAAAAUAUAAUCUGAAGUAAUUAUUGAUUCAAAUAUCGAGGAACCAUAAAAAAAGAUUAUAGAUUAAAAUUUAUAUAAAAUAGAUAUACCAUUAUUUGAUGAAGAUUUAGAAUUUGAUAAUAUUGAUAUAGAAUUAGAUUAAAAAAAAGAAGAAAAAAAAUAAUAAGCAUCUCCUGUUUAAAAUAUAAUUGAUGUUUAUAAUGCAUUUGCAAGUGAAGAGGCAGAAAAACUAAAUAAAAAGGAGAAUGAAGAAAAUCCAUUUAUAGAAGUGGAAACGGAAACGUAACCUGAAGAAAUGUCUGAUGAAAUGGAAAAUAAGUUAGAUGGGCUUAGAGAUGGUUUAGAAGGAGUUGAUUUUUCUUUAUUUUUUGAUGAAUUUUCAAAUCCAAAUGAAAAAGUUGUAAAUGAAGAACCAGAAAUAAAAUAGGAAGAAUAAUUAAAUAAAAAAAUUUAAUAAAAAUUUGAAGAACCAAAAUAAUUUAAAUAACCUAAAGAAAAGAUAGAAGAUGUAAUGAAAGAUCUCUAAAUAAAAACUGAAAUAAAUACAACAGAGGAUGAAAAAAUAUUAAUUACUUAACUGAAACAGAAAUCAGCAGAAUUGAAAAAGAAAUUAUAAGAUUAAUAUGAUGCAGUUCCUAAAUUGGAAUAAGCAAAGAAGUAAACAGAAGUAUCGAUUCAUUCAAUAGAUGACUAAUGUAAAUAAAAAAAUAAAUAAAUUAGAUCCAAAAAUACAAACUGAUUCUAAAACAAAUUAUGAAGUAGAAAACAAAUAUGUUGAAUGGUCAAUGAGCUAAAAUGAGAAAAUUAAGAAAAUAGGAUUAAAUUUAACAGAAGAUGAUUUGAGGAAUCCAAGAUUUUCAUUGUUAUAAAUGGAUUAAAAAUCAGAACUUGAUAUUUAGAAGUAAAUAAACGAAUUCUUGGGACUUGAUGACUUAUCAUUUGUAAUGAUUAAGUAAAAUCUGAGAAGAAGAUGAC